UCUAUUGGAAAACAGUUGGUCGUACAAAGGUCCAAAUUCUAUUUAACCCUCCAGAGGAGCUUCUCUUCUUUAAUGGAGGCUGCAACUUUCAGAUCAGCCGAAGCCGAGGGCUUCACCCCUUUAUCCCUAUACCCCAACUUCAUUCUCCCAGAGAAUCAGCGGCCGUUGUUGUCUCAAGUCCAACCUCUCUCCUCAGUCCCCAUCAUCGACAUGAACGGGGAGGAUUCUACACUGGCCAGGGAGGUAUCACUGGCCUGCGAGGAAUUCGGCUUCUUCCAAGUCCUCAACCAUGGAGUUCCGCCGGAUUUGUGCCGGAAAAUGAUGGCCGCCGCCUCCGAGUUCUUCCGCCUACCGCGAGAAGAGAGAGCGGCUCUGUUCACAGAGGACAAGACGAAGGCGGUCAGACUCACCAAUUACUUCAUCAAGGUUGAAGGGCAGGAGAAUGUCUCCAUGUGGAGUGAAAGCUUUUCCCAUCCAUGGCACCCUUCCGACAGUGGAUUCACCCAUCUCUUGCCCCUCAAUCCUCCCCAAUAUCGAGAGGCUGUGGCUGAAUAUGCAAAGGAAAUGGGGGGACUAAUGAGUCGGUUGCUGGGCUUGAUCUCGCUGGGGUUAGGGCUGGAGAAAGAUUGCAUGGAGAAGAAGAUAGGCGAGGAUCCGAGGUUGGUAGCACAAGUAAAUUACUAUCCGCCAUGUCCGGAUCCAGAGCUCACCAUGGGGCUGCCGGUUCACACCGAUCUCAAUGCUCUCACCGUGCUCUUGCAAUCAGGAGGAGUGCGUGGCCUGCAAGUGAUCAAAGAUGGGCGAUGGGUGGCAGUUGAUCCCGUGCCAGAUGCCUUCGUCGUCAAUCUGGGUGAUCAAAUCCAGGUGAUGAGCAAUGGAAGGUACAAGAGCGUGCACCACAGGGCUGUGAGCAACAGGGCAGCGGGGCGCAUGUCCGUGGGGAUGUUUUAUGGGCCCAAUAGUGGGACAGUGGUAGGCCCAAUAGAGGAGCUGCUCGAUGAGCAACACCCGCCACUGUAUCGCAGCUAUCUUUUGGGCGAGUUUCUGCGGGAAUUCCACAAGCAAGACGGCCAGAGACGAAUGGUGAAGGAACUUUUCCAGCUGCACCACCACACCACCGCGACUAACUAGAGGGGCAGGCUUUGUGUCCUUGUGGUUAUUCUUGUUUCCAAAUGUCCAUUGAAAUAUGAUGAUCUACUCUCUCUCUCUCUCUCUCUCUCUCUCUCUCUCUCUCUCUCUCUUUGUGUUGAUUGUUUGUUGUUUUUGUGUUUCUUUGGUUUUAUUUUAUUGUAAACAAAGUGAUAUUUUAAAUGGUUUUUCAAUACUUUGAAUCUCACAUUGCUACGU